ACUUUAAGGCCGCUCUGUGUGGAUGAAACAUGCUUCAGGCUACAAAUGUUCAUUCUCUUGCUUUGUCCAAAAUAAUUAAACCGGACAAAAAGCCGGUCACUCCAUUAGAAGAAGAAAUUGCUCAAGCCAUCAUAGACUUACAGAUACACGAUGACUGGUCUGAUACAAUGAAACUUUUGUACUUUUGUGAAGCAAAAGAAAUGACUAUAGGUAAAGAAAAGGCAGUCGUUAUAUAUGUACCUGUCCCACAACUACGGACAUACCAGCUUAUACAUAACAGACUCGUAGGCGAACUCGAGAAAAAGCUCCGUGGUCCUCAUGUUGUACUCCUGGCUUUCCGAAGAAUCAUUGCAAAGCCUAAAAGAAAUUGCAAAUUUAAUCCGAAGCAAAAGCGUCCUAGAAGUAGGACCCUAACAGCUGUGCACGAAGCUAUAUUGAAAGAUCUUGUCUACCCAGCUGAAAUAGUAGGAAAACGCACUCAAUUCAAAUGCGAUGGAAGUACAGUAAUCAAAUGCCAUUUGGAUGUUGCGCAGAGAAACUACAUAGAGCAUAAGGUAUGUUUGUGUAUUGUCUAAACUUCGUUCAGCUCAAAACUAUCACUGGAUUAUACAAAAAGUUGACUGGUAAAGAUGUCAUUAUCGAGUUUCCAGAUUGGGUAUUGUGAAAAUAUGUAAUAUAUGUUUGAAUUGGAUUGGUUUGUUUCCAGUUUUUUCACGGUCCUGGCUUAUCUGUAGGGUAGUACUAAUAAUCGGAAGCUAUUAAUCUAAGUAAUAUUUUGAGAUUCUGAUGUGGUCUAUGCUUAUUAACCAGUGAAAUCAUGGGGGCACUGAUCAACUAUUUGUCUAGUUUGCACCGCUUCCUAAUCUUACAAAUAUUGAAUAGUUUCCACAAGCUCACACUACUGUGGUAUAUUUUCACGUAGCCUAUAAGUUCCUCACCGACUCCUACUAACGUCCAAACUUGAGUCCUGUCUUCCCAACGGGCUAGUUUGGGUCGUAGAUGAUUUUUUUCGAGCUGAAUGCUAUCCUGUUUGACCUUAUAAUCUGACAACUGUCAAAUAAAUCCGACUGUAACUGCUUAUAACACAGGGGUGUGAGCUGCUUGUUCCAAUUAAAAUCACUGUUGUCAGUUAGUAGAAGGCUCUAUGUUAGCCAUAUCCAUACGAGCCCGGCCAACUUAUCGAGAUAAUGGUAGAUGGGUUUUUGCAAACCAGAGUCAGUUAUUGACCCCGGAUGAUUGCGCAAUAAGUGCUGUGUCCCAAUAAUAACAUGUGACUAAUAUUUCAGUAGGGUCUAAGUAUUUCGGAAUGCCGCAUUCCAGUUUGUUCUAGAAAUUUUUCGCCGUUCGUGCCGUAUUCAUGAAAUUUGUUAUUAAGUUAACAUCUUCCAUUGCCUGCAGUUAUUUGUCGUCUGGAGUGCUAUUAACUCAUUGCUUCAUAUAAUUUUAAUUGAAUUGGUAGUGUUGACCUUUUUUUAAUGCUGGCAAGAAAACUGGUAGCAAAUGUUAGUGAAAUAGCUCAACAUCUUUUAAAUAGAAUAAGUAAAUAUAAGCAAAUGUAAUGUUCAUUGUGUAAAAAUUGUUUUGCGUUAACUUAGCCCCAUUAAAGUGUAUGUACUUGUAUGAAAACUUGGAGCUAUUGUUUUUUUUUAUCAAACCGACAACCACGAAAUUCUUGUCUGCUACCCAUUCAUGUCCACUCCGCCUAGUGAGGGAGCGUGUGUUGAAAUUUGUAGAAAUUCAGUAAUGCGAUAAGCUUCGAUUAUUCUAGACGAUAUUUUAUCUUUGUGUUGGCCUGUUUUUCUCAAACUAGUGUCCUGUACGUAAAGUGUUCUACGAGUGUCGUCCCAGCGGACUAAACAUCAUGCUUUACUGGACGUGGCUCUAAGUAGAAGCAGGCGGCAGUCCCGCUGUAGCUUUCAUUGACAUCAUAAAUGUAAAGGACUUCUCUAACUGGGAGGAUUCUUUCUAUUUUCAUUCUUCUGACCGAACUGCUUCUCCUAAUGAUCUUUUUACUGAUCCACCUAUUCCAAUUUGUCAUACUUCUCAGUACCAACCUCUGAUUUUGUUGCGUAUAUAUUUCGUUGAUGCUUUGUGACAAGAUUUGUGUUAAAAGAUGACAGAUUAUUUACUUGAUUAUUAAAAGUAAGGAACAAAAAUGAGAAAACAACACAACAUAAUUGUUAAGAUUGGUUGGUUUUUGUCUGUUAAUAACAAAAUAAUAUAAGGGGAUGAGGUUGUCGACCAUAAAGUCAUAAUCAAUAAAAAUAAAUGAGUAAUAACCAAAGUACAGAGUUAAUUGAAAUUUAAGUUGACAUCGUGAAAGAGUGGUGUUAGGAUUUACUAUUUUAAAAACAGUAACAGUUUUGGACUUCUGUGUUCAAACAGCUAAAAUGGAGGGCAUGAUAUUGAAUUGUACAAUUAAUAGCCAUCUGUUAGGAAAGAGCAUGUCCUCAUGGAUCUUGGGUUCAAGGCACAGGAUAUUUCUGGUAGACUUGACAAAAUGAUUCAAGUAGAACUAGAAAUGAGGUUCUCCACAGGUCAGUUGUUUUUAGCGUGUAACUGGAUGUUUAAAGCAGAUUAGUACCCUUCGGAGGUCACCAAAGUCGUUUACGACUUGCCGUAUAAUAAGUACGUAAGAAAGACCAAAAGAUGGGCAUCUACAAGGUUUUCUAAACAUGCUCCUCAAGAGCUGUAGUUGGAAGAAAUAAGAGUAUUCUCAAGUACAGUCAUCAAACGUCUAGUAGAUAAUAGGUAUCGCAAAGAUGGGAAAUAACUAACAAGCAGCGGAAACCAUUUGUUUUUCUGAGGCAAGUGACCUAUGUAUACAGUGAGAAAUCGUAGUCAACCCUUGUUUGCCAAUUACAUAAUCUCCGUUGUGUUUCAUAAUUUAAAAUAUAAAAAUCCUGUAGUUUAUAUCACCUAGGUGGCUUGACUAUCACUGAUUUGUCUACAAUCCCUGUUCGUUGACUGCUAUCAUUUAUAACUUCAUUCCCUUCCUUUCAUUACUUUGUUUUCAACAUAAAAAUAUCAAUCGGUCAUAAUUAUUAUGUUAAACGGGUCGUAUUCUCAUCUUGUUUCUUAUGUCAUUUAGAACUAAAUAUCAUUAAUUGUGGUGUUUUAAACUCUUUAUGAUGAUGUGAGUAAGGCCGUUUUCAGCUAAUGGGGGCCCCUAAAAUGUAUAGAACUCAUGUUAUUCUGUGAAACUUGUUCUCGCUUUAUUUAAGUUGCUAUUAUAUGUUAAGUCUAUUAUGACUUUAUGUCCGGCUUUUUAUCACGUGAUUUGUCCACCAAUCAAAAUCCGAAUUAUACAAUCUUAGCACUACCAAACCAAUGACGUUCGACCGGUAUGAGCAGCCUAGCGUCCUUAUUGGUCCUAUGUCCGCCUAGCCCGUCCACUUGAGUCCAGAACACCAACACCAGUUUCCACUAUGUGAAUCGAAUAAUUUAUUUCAGACACACUGGGUUUAUAUAUCAAUCAAACGGACCGCAACGCACCAUAAAAUAGGAAAUAACAUUUGUACACAAUAAAGCCAAAAGAUGGCUGUCAAUGUGGGAGGCAGUAGUCAAUAAACUGAACAUAGCUUAAGAACAGUAAAUCGUACAAUAAUAAAUUAUAGGUUAAAAUAAAGCUUAUAACAAGGGGAAUAUAGAUAUACAUAAUCUAGUUACCGAAUAUUUAUACCAUGAGAAUAUAUAAAUAAUAAUAGUCAAUUAAUAUGUCUCAGAAGUUACUCGUGAUUUAAUCCUCGCUCGGAUAUAACAAAGUCGAAUGUAUCCUAUGGUCGUGUGUCUUAGUACGAUGAUUCUCGUUUGAGUUUUCGGCUGGAGUAUGUGGUUAUGAACUAUUGUUUUAUGUACAGGAGUUAAUUGUCAGUGCAGUGCAUAGCGUCCGGUAUUUGUUUGUUAGUACAGACUGCCUAAAACUAGUUAAGAGUUUAUCUACUUGAUGUCCGUUAGUGCAACUUUGUUGCAAUAAUAGUUUUAUGUAGUAGGAUAAUCACUCACUGAGUAGUGGUGAGCUUGGAAGGAGUUUGAAGUAAAUACACCCCUACCAACGUCAUCGGCCGUAUGAUACCUUCUUUUCACUUCAUUUGGAAUUCCUUAGUCACAUGACAGCAACUACAUAAGUAAGUAGUUCCUGCUUUGACAAUAAAAAGUUACAAAUCAAUUUGAUGACAUCCGAGUUUGAUAUUAAUUUUAAAUUGACAUGUAAAGAAGAAUUGUAAUAUAUUUGUCCACAAUAAGCCCAACGUUGUGUGAUACAUAUGCAUGGAAAGCUUUUGUAUUUUAUGUCAAUCAAUAAUUUAUUUUGGCUUGGUCUGUUCAUGACUGACAGUCGAAGAAACUUAAAUUUCACUACAUCAUUAGGCAAAUAAUACUGACUAAGGAAUGUAACUACGAACUUUCCUGACAUCCAUGAAUAUAAGCAUACACGAGUGUGAUCUGUUAGAAAAAUUUUCUGAGUGUAUUUCGUCGUGUGAAAAUGUCUGGAGUAUGUCAUUUCCCCUCUAAAAGUUCGCAAUGUUUCAGAACUGGUUCGUAUUGAUGCCUAAUUUGACUACAGUGAGUGAGGUAAUCAGAUGUCGAUAAUUCGACCAACUCCGAUUAGUCGGCGGCUAAUAGGACCCCGACACGAAUACAAAAUGCCUGCAUAGUGUUGUAUCCGGAGAUUAUUUGUAGACUUAUUACAUAAAUGUUACUUUUAUCAUAAGCCUUCAUUCGACUUUUGGCUACUACUCUACGCUAUACUAUACUUAAUUUGUUCCCAAUCUAUUAGUAACAGCCUCCUACACUCACAGACACUUUUGUCUUGAUUUUGUGUGACUAAUUUCUUUAUUUUAUGGUAUGAUUCUGUCCGAUCUGCUGGUAUAUAAUCCACGUAUAUUUGAAAUAUAUUAUUGUUAUGUCCAGAUAAUCAUAAAGAAUGGUAACUUUUGGGAUCCAUUUAUGGACCAAUACUAUGCGUAAAUUUUUACUAUAUAAUUGUUGAAUAAAUAAAGCAUUCAUAUUCAUGUCCCUCUUAUUAUGAGCUUUAUUUUGACCUAUGAACUAUUAUUAUACGAUUUACCAUUCUUGAAUUAUGCUCUGUCACAUUUCGCCAAAUCUUGUUUCCUAGUUUAUGGUAUACGAUGUGAUCUGUCUGGUUGGUAUAUAAACAGAGUAUGUUUGAAAUAAACCAUUCAUAUUACAGAGGCUG